GGGACUCCGCCCUCUGCAGCCGGGAGCCCAGCAGGCAGGUGCCAUGGCGCGCGGCAGGGUGACCCGGCUCACCGCCUGCGAUGUGCGCUUCCCCACGUCCCUGGGCGCCCACGGCUCGGACGCCAUGCACACAGACCCUGACUACUCCACUGCCUACGUCACACUGGAGACCGACGCAGAAGACGGGCUCAAAGGAUACGGAAUCACCUUCACUCUGGGGAAAGGCACUGAAGUCGUGGUCUGUGCUGUGAACGCUCUCGCCCCCCAUGUGCUCAACAAGGACCUCGGGGACAUUGUUGGUGAUUUCCGGGGCUUCUACAGGCAGCUUACAAGUGACAGCCAGCUCAGAUGGAAACACAGUUCUUGCCUAGAAGCCCAGACAUCGUUCUCAUGUAUCUUGCUUCCUAACCAGAUUGGUCCUGAGAAAGGCGUUGUGCAUCUGGCUACGGCAGCGAUUCUCAAUGCCGUGUGGGACCUGUGGGCCAAGCAAGAGGGAAAGCCUCUGUGGAAGUUACUUGUUGACAUGGACCCCAGGACACUGUCAUCCUGCAUAGACUUCAGGUACAUCAGCGACGUCCUGACUGAGGAGGAAGCCUGUGAAAUACUGCAGAAAAAUCAAGCUGGCAAAAAAGAGAGAGAGGCGCAAAUGCUGACACAGGGCUACCCUGCCUACACCACGUCGUGUGCCUGGCUGGGGUACUCGGAUGACAGGCUGAAGCAGCUCUGCACAGAGGCUCUGAAGGGCGGCUGGACCAGGUUUAAAGUGAAAGUCGGCGCUGACAUGCAGGAUGACGUGCGCAGGUGCGGCCUUAUCAGGGACAUGAUCGGGCCUGAGAAGACUCUGAUGAUGGACGCCAACCAGCGCUGGGAUGUGCCCGAGGCCGUGGAGUGGAUGGCAAGACUGGCAGAGUUCAAGCCUCUGUGGAUUGAGGAGCCCACCUCUCCUGAUGAUAUUCUGGGGCAUGCUGCUAUCUCCAGGGCGUUGGCUCCUCUAGGAAUCGGUGUCGCCACUGGAGAACAGUGCCACAACAGAGUGAUAUUCAAGCAGCUCCUCCAGGCAAGAGCCCUGCAGUUUCUCCAGAUUGACAGCUGCAGGCUGGGGAGUGUCAACGAGAACCUCUCAGUGUUGCUGAUGGCCAAGAAGUUUGGCAUUCCUGUGUGUCCUCACGCUGGUGGAGUUGGACUCUGUGAACUAGUACAGCACUUGAUCAUAUUUGACUUCAUAUCGGUGUCUGCAAGCCUUGAAAACAGGAUGUGUGAAUAUGUAGACCACCUACACGAACACUUCAAGUACCCCGUGCUGAUCCAGAAGGCCUGCUACCUGCCUCCGAAGGACGCGGGCUACUCCACAGAAAUGAAGGAAGAAUCUGUGAAGAAAUACCAAUAUCCAGAUGGCGAUGUCUGGAGAAAGCUCCUUGCCGCUCAAGGGAAGUAAGUGUUCAGUCCUGACAGCUCUGCUAAGUUUUCUUUGGAAUGGUUCUACAAAAAUGGAGAAAUCACCCUGCUAAUCACAUCACAUCUGGAUGGACAUCCCACCAACCUCAGGACAUCAGCUUAGUGAUCAGUUACUUGACUCUGUUUCUUUUGCAAACAAAUACUCUCACAUUUGACUACUAAAUAAAUCUAGUUGAUCCAGUCAA